AUGGCCAAAUAUGGCACUGCAGAAGAACGCAGCUGUAAGUGUGAGUUCGCUGAGUAUUACCAGCUGAGCCAGGUAGACUUCCAUAUGAGGUGUCAAAAAUACAGUAGAGUUAUUCAGAAAUUAUUUUAAUCAACAAGAUAAUACGAUGCCUUUGCAAUGGCGGUGAUGCGCUAAGGAAGUAUAAAUAGAUGACUAUAGCGUGAGAUGGGGUUGGUAUGUUCACAAAGUGAGUAACCCCGCCCUCCCGGGAGCAACAACCUGGUUACCGUGCUGACGAGCUCAGUCUGUUCUGUCGUCACGCCAUUUUCCAUCGACGACCGACCGAGAAGAAGAAUCGAGCAAGAGGAGCGCGCGGUUAGCCCGAGCUGUGAAUUUCAUUCAAAAAGGUAGAGUUAGAAACAUGGUGUUAAUAUGUUGUCGGGUUAAACUGUUUUUUUGCCACUGUUGUAUAAAAUGAUCUUAUCGCUGCAUAAAUUUUGUGCUUUGUUUGACUUUCGCUCCAACUACUACUAAAACGCUGCUGCAGUUCACUAGGCCUCGACGGGCGUCAGCCAUUUUAGCUACCGUGAAGUAGCAACAAGGCGUCGAGUUAUUGUGUUGUGGCAGACGAAUUUUACAUGAAGAAUUGCCAAAAGUAUUAUGUUAGACGGACGCUUAUGUGUAAUUUGAGUGACCAUGCCACAUUGAGGUGUUAAAAAGCCUCCGAUAACAUCAUAGUAAGGUAAAGCUAGCAAAACGUCCGGCUGCAAGUCAUUUAGGCCACGCUGUUUCCCGUUCACAGGGACAUUUUACAAUAGUGUCGAAGAUAAGGUUAGCAAGUGAUAUUUUUGUAAUUGUAAUAUUAAAUAGAGCACCCAGUUUUAACAUUAUCUGAAACAUGAUGUAGAAAAACUAACCGUUAUGAGGGUAAUGAUAAUGUUACCCUGCCCAUUCAAAUCGGCAGUAACGAUUAAUCCUCUUUCUUUAUUUUCAGAUUCAGUCAUGCAUCGGGACUGUCCCCUUGACUGUAAAGUCUAUGUUGGAAAUUUGGGAAACAAUGGCAACAAGACAGAAUUAGAGAGGUCUUUCGGUUACUAUGGUCCUCUGCGUAGUGUUUGGGUGGCCAGAAACCCUCCAGGCUUCGCCUUUGUGGAGUUUGAGGAUCCCAGAGAUGCGACUGAUGCAGUGCGUGAGCUGGAUGGAAGGUAAGCUACAACCUACAUUUACUUGUCACAAUAUUAAGCACACUUAACCAGUGUAAUACAUUAAAUUCUAGCUUUACAGAGCUUCAUGUUUUUAGUUUUUGUUGACGUGUUACAGUAAUAAUGUUGGUUUUUCCUUUUUCAUUUCGCAGGAAUUUGUGUGGUUGCCGGGUUAGAGUAGAGCUGUCAAAUGGCGAGAAGCGCAGCCGAGCCCGUGGUGCUCCCCCUUCAUGGAGCAGGCGUCCACGAGACCGAGAUGACUACAGGCGUCGCAGCCCACCACCCAGAAGAAGGUGACCAAUGUUGUUUGGCAGUGGCCAGCAUAAACGAAAAUAUAUUUAUCUCGUGCAUCAAUACUCUUGCUCCAACCCACAGACUUAUUUCCUGAGAAUUGCCUGUAUUUUUCCUGUCUUGGUAUAGUUGUUGUAGUCUUUUCUGCUGAUUAUACAUCUGUGGUUGUUGCUAUGUCUAAGGCUUCCAAUUCAUCUUCAUUUUAAAAAAACUUACUUGAUACAUGUAGCUUAAUAGAUUCACACCCCAAAAUCUAAAUGUUUAACUUCUAUAUUCUUUUUAGUGUAGCUUUAGCACUUAAAUUUACUUAUUGAGAUCUGGCCUGCAGGACUCAAACUUUUUCCAAGGCUUUAAUAAUUCAUCUGAGGGGAACAAUUUUUGCACGUUGAAAGUUUCAAAUUUCUAACUGCUUGAAAACAAAAAAGUAAGUCUAUGAUACAGGGCAACUCCUGUGUCGGAAAAUAGAACUGUUCUCGCUUUUGGGGGGAAACAAGUGCCAAUGUAAUGCAUUUUUCUUUUUGUUUGAGGAUGCUUUUUAUUUUUCAUCUAUAUUAAUAAGAAUGAAACCCGUUGCAGAGCCACCACCAUGCCUCUUCUCACCACCCUCUGAGUCAAUCAACUAGUCCUCUUUCAGCAUCAUGUGACUGCUGACCAUCGUGCCCCAAUCAGCUUGGCUGGUGCUGUCACAUGACCCAGGCAUGGCCAGUCGUCAGGUUGCACCAACCCAUUGGUUCCUCAGCAUGCCCUACUCAACCUCCUCCUCCUUCAGCCUAAACCCAAACGGCAGCGGCCCACCUCUCAUUCCCGACCAAUCAGCGUAUUACGUACUCAAAUGUCUACAACCUACCAACAGCAGCCUUCGGCUUACCAAUUAAAGCAGGAAAAAAAGCCACAGCCAGCCCCCAUCUGCCUGCCACCUAAUCACCUUGCAGCAUCUGGCCAGUCCUAUUCAGCCAAAUCUUCCUACCCGGCCGACAGUCUGCCUCCCUUUCGUCAUAUCUAGCUUGUUGAAAACCAAAAAUACUAGUAAGUUUUCCUGCUUCAUUCAGUACACUGCUGAUUACAGUUGUGAAAGUGAAGAGUCAGCUGGUUUCAAAAGGUUAUUCUUUUUCUAUUUCUUUUUCUGAAACGUCACACUUCCAAAGAUAUCAAUUAUAAACAAACAUGCUUUUUUUUGGGGCUCAGAGCAAAAUAAGUCACACAAAUAUAUCUCCUCAACUCCCCACUGAGUAUCAAAAUUUUUAUUUUUCACAAUGUUAUUAUUUUUCUGCUGUAUGGUUGGUUACAGCAGAUAUAAGUUUGGUUGAUUUUAAGAUUUAUUCCCAAUGAUCAGUACAUUGUUCCAGUUUCGUAUUUCUUAUCAUGUGUCCACUUUAUGUGUAGUAGACACGUGUCAUACAGAUGGUGGCCCCUGUGUCUCUUCUUUUCAUCACAUUGGCCAGUUAAAGGUGCAACAUUUAUUCUUGUUAUAGGAGGCAAAGUUUGCUCAUGAGCAUUUUUCCGUAAUUUUUUCAGUCUUGAGCUGCACACACACACACACCUUGAAAAUUCUUGAGUCAUAGACAACAUUUCUCACAGUGAUAAAUUAUCUAGAGAGGCUCAUAACACCAUGGGACAGGUGCGAACACCUUCCAUCUUUAUGCUCCCCUUCCACUAAGAGUGAGGUUUCUUUGAUUGGGAUGAUUGUGUUCCUGGAAAAAAAAAAAUUUGAAUUUGCAGAGAUAGAAAAGGGGAUGAGUUGACUGAGGCCCAUAUAAGAACAAAAUAAGAACAGUGGAGCUGUUCGGAGUGUCAGUUUUCUGGUCUUAACUCUUUUGUAUUUUCCCUGUGCAGAUCUCCACGCAGGAGGAGCUUCAGCCGCAGCCGAAGCAGGUAUGUACAACAGAAGCUCAACUCUGCAGAACAUGACAUACAUUAACGACGCAUCAUACAUACCUACAUAAAUCACUGUUCAGAUCAUUAUUACAAAGCAAAGGAGGAGGGAUUAAGCUUGAGAACAGAGAAAACAGUUUAUCAAUGAUAGUCCAAAACAAGCAAAGAUGGUAAAGCUGUGUGGAGAAAUUAAAAAUGUUGAUUUAAAGGGAUGGUUGGUCUUUGCAGGUCUUUUUCCAGAGACAGAAGGAGGGAGAGGUCCCUGUCUCGGGACAGGAACCAUAAACCAUCAAGGUCUUUCUCACGGUCAAGGAGGUAUUCUGUCUUUCAUCUAUCUUGAGCUCAUUUCGGUUGUGCAUUGUAACUGAUAUUUCAGGGGUGGGCAAUCAUGUGCCAUGGAGGGCCGAGAGGCUGCGGGUUUUCUUUCCAACCCAAAACUCCUCCAGGUGAUUUCACUGGUUACCUUACCUCCAAGCAGAGAGCAGGGACUAAUCAGUGAAAUCACCUGGUGGAGUUUUGGGUUGGAAAGAAAACCUGAAGCCUCUCAGCCCUCCCUGGCACAUGAUUGCCCACUGUGAUAUUUUGUAGUGGAUCAUUGUCAGAAGGCUGUUCUAUGAGAUGUUAAUGCUCUGAUAAAGAAAUGUAGAUACAGGUUUAUAUGUUUGUUGUUGAACUUAAGUAUCAGUUGAGAGUUGACUUGUUUCUUACAGCCACAACUCUUGUUGUUCUUCUUCCCAGCCGCUCCAGGUCAGCUGACAGAAAAUAG